AAGCGACUUUCCUUCCUCCUUCUCUUUCAACACCUCCUCUCUGUAUCAUUCGAGGGUGAAAAUGACAUGGUGCGCACAGUGCUCGUGCGAAUAUGUCAAAACAUUACAGGCUUACCGACAAAACGCGAGCACGCCGCGUCAGCGAGGAUCCUGAGGAAACGCAUUGAGCGUGCAGCGCAACGUCACCACCUUUACAACAUCAUGAAGACACACUAUUUGUAAGCCUCCACCGCUGUACCAACGCCACUGCCGUAUGUACAGCAUGAAGCACAGAACACUCGAGAUCCGUCACCUGUGGCCCGUCCUCUGCUGUUUGACAGCACUGUGCAGUGCAGUGACAUCAUCGCCUUCUUGUCACGAGACUCUCAAUGGUGCCGAGAAGGGCAUUGUUCGUCCACCUCAGUUUCCAUCCAGUACAGCAGUCGUCAAUUGCUCUUGGGUGCUGCGGGCAGCCCCGGGCUUUAAGCUCCUUGUCCGCGUAGACAUUGUCGAAUUUGCACCGUCGAGUCAGCGCACGUCAUCUCUCGCACUGACUGUCGACAGUGAAGUGUAUGAGAUCGGACGUAACUGCGUCACAUGCCUGUCUGAGCUCGUUGCUGGCGAAGUGAUCCGAAUCCAUUUCAUGUCCAGCCUCGUUCCUUCCACUAAAACUGAGACUGAGCUCGGCAGUGAGCACAGCCAACCCUACACGGGAUCGUUUCAAAUCCGGUACAAGUCGUUCAAUCCUAAUUACUGCGAGCGACCGCGAAGCCCGAACAACGGGUACGUGUUUGGAAAAGACUGGAAAGUGGGCAGCGAGAUAACCUACCAUUGCAAUCCUCCGUAUGACCUGGUAGGAGACGACAGGGCUCAGUGUACAGUGCCGGCACAAGUACUUGUGCCAGAGUGGAGCCAGUUUCCUCCAAGAUGCAUUCUCAAUGAUUGCCGUCCUGGUAGAGGUACCACAAAGAGGCUGGCCGGUGCAGGUGCCAUCGCCAGUCCUGGGUACAUGGAGAGGAGACUUCCAGCAGGAAGAAAGUGUGAGUGGGAGAUCAAAUCUGAGCCUGGGCAUCAAAUUAAGGUAGCUUUUACCCAACUGAAGCUUCCGGAGCGUGCACCAAACGAUUCGCCUCACCUGUACUUGUUUGAUGGGGACGUCAACACUCCGUUGGCCAACCUAAGCGGAGUCGAAAUCGGAAACGAAGAGCAAUCUCUGAACAUGACGACAGUUUCAAAUCGUCUCAUUGUGGUGCUGCUGACAGGGGGUAAAGUUGAGGAAAACGCUGUUAUGUACAUGGAGUACGCUGCCCAUCCCGGUACGUGUCCUGAUCCUGGUCAUCCACAGAACGGGAAACUGAUCGCCUAUAACAUGUUAGUUGGGUCGACCGUGGCUUUCCGAUGCGACCCUGGUUUCGUGUUAACGGGGGAGCCUAGGGCGGAGUGUCUUCCGACGGGUAUUUGGAGUGCAUCGGUGCCAACGUGCGUCCCUACGGGGGCUGCAGAGCUGGAGCACCAGGACGUAAGCGUUGACCUGCAUGCAGAGCACGGCAAGGAUGACGACCUCAGAACUGCGUUUCCGGGAGAACACCGAGGAUUUACGCCGCCUCCAACAACUCCCAUUGUUCCUGUCGUAUCAUCCAGUGUUGCUCCAACGAAAACACCAAUGUCCAAGGCAAAGACAGUGCCCGCGCCGAAGAUACCGACGAAGUCGUCAACGGUAAAGCCUGUGACAGCACCUCACGCAAGCCACCCGGAUGACGACCUCCUCGAUCCAAUAUUCCACGUGUCAGGAGGAAAGCCCAGCGUCAAAGAGGAUCAUGAAUGGUCCAAACAUCAUCAGCAAGACGUCUUCUCCCGAGAUGCCCAGAAGGAUCUUGGGCAACCCAAGAGACCAUUGGCGCAUCUCAACCCGAGGCCGUCCAGUUUAUUGCCGACUCCAUCUCUGGAGGGCCAAGAUGUCAACUUACAGUCCAGCAAAGACUCACGAAGCAGAGACACGACGCCAACUCAGCAAGGACUUAACGUGACCAUGCUGGCUGUCAUCGUCGCCGUGGCAGCACCAUUAACAAUUGCCCUUAUGCUCAUGGUGGUCAUAAUUUUGUAUCGAAGAAAAUACCCGGUGCGCAUGCGUUUCGGUCGCAAGUUUUCUACGUUCGAGAACCCAGUGUACGUCAAGAAGGACGUGCAGGACCCUCGCGAAUUGACGCGGCUAUCGGCGGAUCGCGAUCGCUUUUGAGAGGCAUGAAGGGUAUCGGGGGAGUUUCUAGCGCAGCUGUAUCUGAAUCGAAUGGACCUGAGUGGAGAAGCAUUCUAAUCGUAACGGGUGAAUCACUGGGGGUUUCAAGACAUCUCACAGAGUGCUCUGUCAUUUGACUUUGAACGCGCGCACGAUUUCGAGUGCAUUUCAGCAAUGUUCCUCGUGCGGUCGCACUGCUCGCGAACCGAAGGACAGAUAUGUUUCCGACGAUGUCACCUUUGGCUGUGAGUGCAGUCGAGAUUUAAAGCUCGAGUUCGAUUAAAUGCCGCCCUAUCCGCAUAAAAAUAUUCACGAGGAACAUUGACCAUGACAGACAUGACAUUUAUUGUGAAGAAUACCGAGUCCUUAGGACACGGUAGCAUUUCGUAGGAUUGACCGCCUUGCAUUUGUAACGAUCUCAUAGCAUACAAUAUACCCACUACAGGUUAGGCGCGAUUAUUUAUCGGAACUGGUCACAAUGAGGUUCCUGCGUGUCUGUUGUCCAAGGAAGACAUGUGCGAGCGUGUGCAGCCAGUACAGCCCCCAUAGAAUCUCAGAGUGCGAACUGAAGAAGUGAGAACAUGUUGAAGGCACGAACACGUAAACCUGUUGCGCCAUUGCGGAUCGGACUGCGCAAUGUACAUCGCUGAGAUUCUAAUUUAUAUUGUGUGCUCGUUGCAGUCUUGAAUGUACAUGUUGUCCGUGUCCAGUAAUUGGGGCCAUAACUGGUAUAUUCUUGUGUAUAUACGAACGGUACUCACUUCAACACAACCGUACAUGUACAAGAUACACAUGGUGUCCAAAGCAAAGGGUUCCUUCGCCUUCUGCAAGUACUACUACUUUCCGACGGUCAAACAUGGCAUAAAGUUUCGUUUUCCAUCACAGUUUUGAGUGGAAAACGCCAGAAGGGACCUGUUCUGAUAAGGCAACUAGGACGUGAUGAAUGUCCUAGCUACGUGUACUUCUAACGGCAAUAGCGUGCGAAGAUUGUCUGCCAUGUCGUUACCAAAUGCUUACACUUUCACGAGCUCCGACUAUGCUUGCAACGAAUAGCGGUUCGGUCGUGCCUCUUGUGGCACAUCGCAGAAAACGCAUCCGCGUGACGUCAUGGCAUCCAAAUAUAUUGGUCAUUUUUGCUUUACCGGGUAACGAGGUCCUUCCAGAAGAUCUCGUUUCACUUCGCAAAUUGUAGCAGAAAACGAUAAUUUGCGCCAAGUUUGAAAGGGUUAAAAGUACGUAGACAUUGCAGGAGCCGACGAACAAACUGUUCAUGUUUGGAUGCCGUGUAUAUGUAAUAUGAUGUAGCCACUGAGUGUUCUGUACGUCCCUGCCUGAGAGUGACAGGCUGCCGCGAACAACUGAACAUAGGAUAUAACCUAUAGAUGAAGAUGCCGAGCCAGUAUACAUACUCAGUUCCUUGUGUGUGUACGUGCUGUCUGCUACACGGUUUGUAAGCUCCAUCCCGUGGCAGAGCGGUUCCACACCGGCGGUGUCGCGCACUACGGAACUGCACCAAUACGGUCUCCUAGGGGAGGUCGCGCACAACCGUGCGUCAUGCAUCCCCACCUAUGGAUGUCGUCUGCUUUGCGAUGUCCGCAGACGACAGGGGCUUCAUACGUAGCAGACGACACUCUAUGACGCGCACCGGUCUGUGCGGCCUCCCCUCAAAGACUAUAUCGGUAUGGCCUAGUACGCUUUAGUACUCCAUGGUGCGCGACACUGCCAACAGAGGAUGGCUCUGCUGCGAACUGGGGAUUACAGAUAAUAGUGUCCCAGACAAUACAUACAUACGUAGUGUGUACACUUAGCAGUGUACUCGCUGUAGUCAUGGUCACAUCAACUGCUGCCAAAGUAUGCUUGUGAAGUGAUAUCUGUAGAAUGUACAUAGUAGUGUUCACGUGUCCCCUGAGGAGUUUUAUUGAGUUGGCUUUUCUUCGUUUUUCGCUGUUGUUGCCUUUUUUAAAUGUGCGCGUGCAGCCCUACUUAUGUAUUUGCUCUCUUUGUGAAGUGACGAACGCUUUAUUUAGGAGUAUUGAUGCCACUUCGACGGCUGCAGUGAAUAUUAUGUUAUAUUUUUACAUUGCACUUUUACACAAAUGGGUUUAUUAAAAACUGAAUCUCAA